AAAAUAGGUGUACCUGAGUGGGAUAGAGUCUUUAUUUUAACAUGGUCUUACUGUGAGCUGGCAACGUAUAUUGACUUAGUUCUUCUUCUUCCCUUUAGCCUGGAGGAUGAAAAGGAAGAUGGUAAAGCUAUACCAACAGAAUGUGCCAUUAAGGUAUUUAAAACAACCCUUAAUGAGUUUAAGAACCGUGACAAAUACAUUAAAGAUGAUUUCAGGUUUAAAGAUCGCUUCAGUAAACUAAAUCCACGUAAGAUCAUCCGCAUGUGGGCAGAGAAAGAAAUGCACAAUCUCACAAGGAUGCAGAAGGCUGGAAUUCCUUGUCCAACAGUGGUACUGCUUAAGAAGCAUGUUUUAGUUAUGUCUUUCAUUGGCCACGAUCAAGUCCCAGCUCCUAAAUUAAAAGAAGUAAAGCUUAGUGGGGAAGAAAUGAGAGAUGCCUACUAUCAGACUCUGCACUUGAUGCAGCAGUUAUACAACGAGUGUACCCUUGUGCACGCCGACCUCAGCGAGUAUAACAUGUUGUGGCAUGCUGGGAAGGUCUGGUUGAUUGAUGUCAGUCAGUCCGUAGAACCAACCCAUCCUCAUGGCCUGGAGUUCUUGUUCCGGGACUGUAGGAAUGUUUCACAGUUUUUCCAGAAAGGAGGAGUAAAGGAAGCCCUUAAUGAGCGGGAGCUGUUCAAUGCUGUUUCUGGUCUGGACAUCUCAGCAGACAAUGAAGCUGAUUUCUUAGCUGAGAUAGAGGCUUUGGAGAAAAUGAAUGAAGAUCAUGUUCAGAAGAACGGCAGGAAAGCAGCCUCAUUUCUGAAAGAUGAUGGAGGUCCACCUGUGUUGUAUGCGGAAUAGCACCAGCAUGCUGCUCUCCACCAGCACAGCAGUGACACCAGCUGCCAUAGCCAACGAGUGUGGGUGACGUGAAAUACCAAAGCAGGAGUGGACAGUGUUGCUUGUGGACUUCCCACUUGUAACCCACGUGCCAGAUAUGUGGAAUUUUUAACUCGGCAUUGAAAGAAUAAAAUGUCACUACCUCUCAUCUUACAAAAAGAUAAUAUAAUUCUUUAACAGGUAUAGAUGCGUAGCUGAAGGAGUCUGGAUUUUACACAACUCAUGAUCUGAAAUGUCUUGCUGAGGAUUCUUAACAUAGGCAGUGUUUCCAGACCCGGGAGGUGGAGGGGCAGAGGUAUCAGCAGGUGAGGCUGCCUCCCCUCCUGCUCUCUGUUGUGUCUUUCCACAGUUGUUAUCAUCUGAAAUUAGUCCUUCUCAGCAACUCUUCCAGACUGUGCCCAUGAUCCUAGAGACCCGGGAGGGUGUUAGAAGUGGGGAUUUGGCUUUAUAAUGGAUGGUGGAAAUAGACGUAAGCAAUGUACCUUGUGAUAUACCAGUGUACAUCAUGAAAAUGUAUGGAAUUCUACAUUUCCAUCUCAUAGCCAGGAAAGAUGAGAUAGGCUUUUGAAAGAUAAGUACAGAAGGAUUUCUUAACUAACUAAAAUUUAAAAUUUAACUUUCAGGUUUUCUUCACUUAGGUUAAAUGGUUGGGAUGUAACUCAUUGUAUAAUGAAAAUGCAAAGUAUCUGGAAGGGCAGAAUGUAAGAAUCAUAUUUGAUACAUUUUAAGAAAGCAGCAAAACAAAUUUCAGUGUACAUUUCCCUAAAAUUGCUCUUAGAUAUUGAUUGCUACUUGUUUGGAGAAAAAUAGAGAAAAGGACAUGGUGCUGUUAAAUAGUGGAAGACAAAGCCUGAAUGCAGAACAACUUGCGUAACAAAUUAACCAACUAACCUGGCCAUCUGGCCUCUUUACCCGUCUUUGCACUGGCUGGACUCUGCUUUGUGAUGGUGAGCAGUGUCCUAAAAACCAUUGGCUGCUUGCUCUCACUUCAUACCCCACUUCCUGGAGUCAGAUUGGAUCCACUAAACAGCAUAACUUCGUGUGUGGUUAUAAAGAGUAAUAUAAAUGUAAUUUAUAUUCAAAGAUUUUAACAUUAUUUUAAAAUGCCAAAUAUGUUUUUUCUAGGACUAUUUAUUUUUGUUUCUGUUAUACUGCUUUUAGUUGCAUUUCAGAGGAGUGUGACUUAGGUGACUCAUCCCACUUCUGAGAUGUUUGCUACUCUGCAACAAAUAUUUAAAUGAGGACUAAUUAUUGGCUGUACAGAAAUUCCGGAGAACUCACUUGAAACAAUCAUUUAAAACUUUGUUUGCUUUCUUGACAUAUUCUUUCUCAAACCAUUGCUUGGAGUGUGCUGUGAAUUUGCCUUUCAAGAAAUUAAAAAAUGAAGAGCUCAUUUUAGAA